AUGUUUGCCACAGGCACAGCUUCUCUAGGGCCUGUAGCCGUGCUGGAUGUAAGCUGCUUUUCCAGUGAGAUUGCUGAAGCUCGUCUUGCCCUUUUCCAGAAGCAGGUUGAGAUCACUAAGAAACUUCGAGGAGACGCAAACGUUAGAUACGCAUGGCUUCCUGCAAAGAGGGAAGUUUUAUCUGCGGUUAUGAUGCAGGGACUUGGAAUUGGAGGAACUUUUAUCAGAAAGUCUAUCUACGGUGUUGGAAUACAUUUAACUGCUGCAGACUGCCCUUAUUUCAGUGCUAGGUACUGUGAUAUUGACGAAAAUGGAGUACGGUACAUGGUUUUAUGCCGUGUAAUAAUGGGGAACAUGGAGCUUCUUCGUGGUGACAAAGCUCAGUUCUUCUCUGGUGGAGAAGAAUAUGACAAUGGAGUGGAUGAUCUCGAGAAUCCAAAGAACUACAUUGUGUGGAACAUCAAUAUGAACACCCAUGUAUUCCCGGAAUUUGUCGUUAGGUUCAAGCUGUCUGUUCCCCCAAAUGCUGAAGGUAAUUUGGUUGCUAGGAAUGAUAACUCAGGUAUCACAUUGGAAGGACCAAAGGAUGUUCCUCCGCAGUUGGUGUCCAACGGUGGACCUGAAGGAGGUCCAGGGAGCGGGAGUGCAAACAGUGUUGGUUCGAGCAUGACAAAACCAAACUCUCCACGGAUGCCUCUUCCUACUGUGUUUGCAGCAAUCUCACAUAAAAUUGCCGAGAAAGACAUGGCUUUAAUCAAUGCUGACUACCAACAACUGAAGGAAAAAAAGAUGACGCGAGCAGAGUUUGUGAGGAAACUGCGGGGGAUUGUAGGAGAUGAUCUGCUUAGGUCCACCUUAACAGCUCUUGAAAACCAGCCAAAGUUGAUGAAGGAGAUUCCUGGAAGCAUGAGAGACCGUGAAGAAGAUGCAGGUGGGAUGAUGAUAUGA